CUUGCUCCUCGCCCCUUCGCAACUAAACGACGUUACAUUAACCUUCUUCAAUUGUUCAUUUACACUCGAAUAAUGUUCGCCGCUCGGUAAUAGUUGGAUGUGCGGUGUCACGCGGCUAAUUUACGAACUUUUGCCGUCGUCAUAUUGUCAUCCAUCCAGCUUGUCGUGGCAGUCAUGCUCCGACUGAGGACGGCCCUCAAACGGCCCUUGAGCAUCCUCGGCUUGUAUACAUCAACAGACCCCACCGUCUUGCGUCACGGUGUGGCCUGUGGGAGGAGGCUCCACGACGAGGGCAACGUCACCAAGAAGUCCCCGCCGACGGCAGUGCCAGAAAGGCUGCCUUUUUCCACAGUGACCCAGGAGGACUUGGACUUCUUUCAGAGGAUUCUGCCCGGCAGAACCAUUACUGACCCUGACCUGUUGGAGUCGUGUAAUGUGGACUGGCUCAAAUCUGUCAGAGGUUCCAGUGAGGUGUUGCUGAGACCUCAGACAACACAGGAAGUCUCUCAUAUUCUCAGCUACUGUAACGGCCGUAACCUGGCGGUGAACACACAAGGCGGCAACACCGGGCUGGUCGGCGGCAGCGUUCCCGUGUACGACGAGAUCGUCCUCUCCACCGCUCUCAUGAACAACGUCCUGAGCUUUGACAGCGUUUCCGGGGUCCUGACCUGCCAGGCGGGUUGUGUCCUGGAGCACUUGUCCGUCUACCUGGAGCAGCAGGACCACAUUAUGCCCCUGGACCUGGGCGCCAAGGGCAGCUGCCACAUCGGGGGCAACGUGGCCACCAACGCGGGGGGUUUGCGGCUGCUGCGGUACGGCUCCCUGCACGGCAACGUUCUGGGCGUGGAAGCGGUGUUGGCCGACGGUCAGGUGCUGGACUGCUUGUCCACCCUGAGGAAGGACAACACGGGCUACGACCUCAAGCAGCUCUUCAUCGGCUCCGAAGGCACGCUGGGCGUCAUCACCGCCGUGUCCGUCCUUUGUCCUCGCAAGCCCAAAUCUGUCCAUGUUAUGUUCCUGGGUUGUGAAACAUUUGAACAGCUUCUGAAAACCUUUCGGCUGUGCAAAGGCAUGCUGGGAGAAAUCCUGUCGGCCUUUGAGUUCCUGGACAGCGAAUGCAUGCGGCUGCUAAGCACUCACCUCAAGCUGGACAACCCCAUCUGUGAUUGUCCCUUCUACGUGGUGAUAGAAACGUCGGGCUCGGACCCGCGACACGACGAGGAGAAGCUCCACAACUUCUUGGAGGAGGCCAUGACAUCAUCGCUGGUCACCGACGGGACGCUGGCGACGGAAGAGUCCAAAACUAAGGCUCUGUGGUCGCUGCGCGAGCGCGUCCCCGAGGCGCUGACGCACGAUGGCUUCAACUUCAAGUACGACGUGUCGCUCCCCGUGGAGACCAUCUACCAGCUGGUGACCGACAUGAGGGCCCGCCUUGGGGGCCGGGCCAAGAGCGUGAUAGGAUACGGACACGUGGGAGACGGGAACCUCCACCUGAACAUCACUUCUCCCACCAGAGACGCCGCUCUGCUGGCCGCCAUCGAGCCGUUCGUGUACGAUUGGACGUGCGCCCGGCGAGGCAGCGUGAGCGCCGAACACGGACUGGGACUCAAGAAGAGGAACUACAUCUACUACAGCAAGCCCGCCCGCGCGGUGGCGGUCAUGGCGGGCAUCAAGGGCAUGCUGGACCCUCGCGGCAUCCUCAACCCGUACAAGACUUUACCGGACAGAUUGCAGUGAUUGCAGCGCUGCACUUUGAGAGAACUCCUUCAAAGCAAGCCAAGUGUUUGAAAUAGGGAGCUGAUUAUUCCUGGAAAAGCAUUCUUCUUUGCCCUCUACUGCGGCAUCGGCCCUGGUGACGGUGCGCGCCGUGUAAAACGACGUAAACCGCGCCACAUUUGAAAAGUGUGGGGUGGGGGGGGGAAGGGAGCAUUUACUUAAAGGUGAGGUGUUUAUCGUAUACAAGAGGAUGACGCACUAGCUGAUUGAUGCACGGCGUCUCAUCGAGUUGAGGCCACCGUUUGAACAUUUUACCACAUGGUGAAAGUACAGACAAAUGAGUCAAAUGUCACGAGUGCAGUAAAUGUUUUAUUACAUAUUAAAAAAGACAAAGCUGCUUUUAUUUCUUAUUUCCAAAACAAAACCAACAUUUGUGAGCACAUUCACCUGUAACCGCACACCUCGAGGCAACUUGACGGCAUCAAUAAAAAGAUUACGACUGGUGACGUCGUGGUAUUUAUUUAUUUUUUGUUCCUCAGAUGGCCAAGUAACGGGAGGUAUGAAGGAGUAACGUGCAGAUGUGGCUCGAAGUACAGUAACAUGCCCACCCGUAUGCUUAAGUUACUAGUGUAAACAACUAUUCCUCCGCUUUUCUUUCCCGUCGGUGAGAUAAUCUAAGGAUGAAUUCCUUGUUUCCGAGCGGCUACUUUUUAGACUUGUGGAACGGCAGGGAUAAGAUGUGGAUUUUCUCCUGAGUCCACGACCAGUUCAGUGGAUAUAAUUGUGUCCACUCCAACCUAAAGUAGUGACCUAGAAGAUUAAUUACACCAGAACAUUGCAAGUCUAUUUGGCUGUGUUCCUUUUGCGACUUUUACAUUUGUUUUUGUUUUUUUUGUGUGUGUGGUAGCGUUUAGCAUCUUCUGCUAUUUGCUUGUCGAUCGUCUGCGGCCACAAUUGAAGACAUUUAAGAAGUCCACAGUCCACCGUGUGGGUCAGUACCAAAAGUCUGCGGAAGGCCACCACAGGAUUGAAAAGGAAGACGUCUCGAGCGGCCCCUCUCUCACGAAUCCUUCACCUUGUCCAGGGAGCUGUGAAUCUUAUCCAGCGUCUUCUUGAUGCGCAGCGCUGUCAGCCGGGCGGACGGGUUCUGGUACCAACACUCUUUCAUCAGCUUCACCAGAGAAGACAGGGUCUAAUCCAAGAAGAAGAAAAGUUGAAGUCGAGAUGAACCCAAGCGCCACGACCGAACUGAAGAAUUGCAAACCAAUUACAGUCGGUGACUACCUGUCGCACAUCUGUCGACACGCUGCAACCCUUUGUGUUUUUAUCGGGAAACAACGUUUUGAGGCUCCUCAUAUACUGUACUGUAUUAUUUUUCGAUCCCUUGUCGCAUAAGGGGUCUCUCCGUGAGUACGUACCGGAUCGGAGAACCAGCGAUUGGGAACGAAGGGCCUCUGCUGCUCCACGCACACCACCUUCCUCAUGUCCUCGAAGCUCGGGUCGUUUGGCACCUGGUCGUAGAACGGAGGCUUGUACUCUUCUACGAUACCUGUAGGGAGACGAGCUGAAGCACUAGCCCGAAGGCCCAGAUGUCCACCCGCUUGAAGGCGUCGAAGCACCCCGCCUGUAUGCUCUCGUCCAGCACCUCGGGGGCCAUGUAGCGCUUGGUGCCCACUUUGGGGUUGUUACCCACGUCCAGCAGGUUAUCAGCCUGGGAGUGCGUCACCGCCAGACCUGAAACGCGCACAGAACAUACAGCCAAAUUGGACAGCAAGGAGAGAAGCGCACCAGGGGAGCAGACCACUUGAUGGACACGAGGUGAAAGGCCGACAUAGUUGUGAUACAAAGUUAAGUUUCAACUACACAAAGCGGUUUGGUAAGCAAUAUCUUUGCGUUUCCAUUGUCGAUUGGGUACUAACAUGUAGUAGAAUUAUCUGAAGAGGUUGUUUUUGGUCGACAGAAUUGUAAAUAAGUCUAUAAGGUGGGAAGGGGAAGCAUGCGACUUUUAAAAUGAAAUAUCUAAAAAUAUAUAUCCAGCUGUGUGUCCACCGAGCAGUACAAUUUCAGUUGAAUUUGGUAUAGUAUACAUUUUUCUGUUUCUCUAUAACUCGUGUCCCAAAAGGUCCGACGUGUACUGUCUUACUUUAGACACGCCGUAGGAAUUGAAUUCAAGGCAAGCUUUGAAAAUGUUUCCACUAAGCAGUACGCUUUGGUCCCGUUUGGGCCACAAACUUUGGUGUUUCCAUUGAAAACGGUCCUGAAAUGUCUGACCAGCCAAACUUUCAGUUUUGUUUUGUUUUUUCAAAAUACCAGUUGCGUUCCAGCAGGCAGACCGUACCGUAGCCAACCAAACCGCACAAUACCCUUCGAUGGGAAAGCGAUUUUCUCUGUGCCCGCUCACCCAGGUCGGCGAUGCAGCAGCGCAGCUCCUUGGUCACCAGGAUGUUCUUGCUCUUCAGGUCGCGGUGCGCGAUGGCCGGCUUGCCCUCGGUGCCCAAGAUCUCGGUGUGCAGGUGCACCAGGCCGCUGGCCGCCGACGCCGCCAUGCCCAGGCCCUCGCACGUCUCCACGGCGACGCGCUGAAGGUAGUCGUACAGAGAGCCGUUCUCGUGGUAGUGUGUGAUCAGCCACAGCUGCGUGCUGGAGUUGCGCGACGUCAUGUCGGAUGCCAUGAAGCCUGCAACGUUGAAAAACAUCUCAUCGUCAUUCCUUGAUCAAGCUGGAGAACAGUGUUGUAGAUCUCGGUCUCUCGGAACCAGGACUUUUCGUCCCUGGAGGAGAAGAUCUUGACAGCCACGUUCUCGCCCUGCCACUGGCCUCGCCACACCUCGCCGUACCGUCCCUUGCCUGAGACAGACGCACAUCCAAGUAUUAACAGGCGGGAAAGUCAACAUCGGCAAAGGAUAUCCUUUGUGCAAAAGGCGCUAGAACAAUGGCGAAUGGAGGAAAAGAUGGAAUACCGUGUGUGCGUGGACUGAAAUCGAAAGGAAAAUACAAGCUGGAAGCAGAGGUAAAUGCGCCCCCAUUUUUCAGGGCGAAUCCUCAAAAUGAUCAAACUUUUGAGACCUUGUUCAGACUAAAGAGCUUCACAAUGGAUACCUGCUUCCAAUUCAUUUGUGUAUGUAGUUGGAGUUCACCCUGGGAUUCACCCAAAACGUCUGACUUCCUCUUCAAUUUUGUGCAUGGGUCCUUUUAGACUUUUUCGUUCGUCCUGAUACGAUAGACAUGUCCACCCAAUUUCGUGUUGAUCAAUGAAACUGGUGUUGGGGGCUAUUUAUUUAUUAAUUUAACUUUCGACGCUACUGAGUGAUUUCUGAUUACUUGUAAUCAAAUCUGGAUACUCAAAUUUCUUUUUGUCAGUGUCUAAAACCAAGUGGUCUCCGUUCGUGCUUGCAUUUUGAGUCCAUGUGGUGCUGUCCCAACUCACCUACACACUCCAUCAGACUAAUCUGCCUGGCAACAGUCCUCUGAACAAGGAAAGGAAGGCCCGACCCACUUCCUGAUGUGCACGAAUGGUCCAGGAGGUCCUUGAAAGCCAAGACAGACCCGUUUAGUCAGAGGUGUACAGCUUAUUAGUUUGUGGCAACUUCCCGUUGUUCUUACGGCUAAAGUGCUGUCCCCCACGUUGGAGGUGAUGAGUCCGUCCACGGCGCCCUGCUCUGUGUCGAACUCCUGCAGCCUGCGCAGGCGUCCGCGGUGGAGCCUCCUGCAGGCCAGCGCCGACGCCGCCGACAGCAACGCCAGCGCCGCCGUCGGGCCCAGCG